ACAGAAAAUAAGGUAGUAAUUAAAUAAUUUUUCGCAAUGGAUGAUACCUCAUCGACGUCGACUAGUAUUCCUCGCCUGUCUUUCCUUCGGAGGACAAUGGACCAGUUAUCGACCAGCCAAAAUCGUAAACUAAAUGUGGAGGAAGAGGAGGCGGCGAGUGUCGCUGUCAUCGCACUUCAGCGCUACUUGUGCGACCCAAGUGAAGGACAGCCGUGUGAGCGCUACAGCUACGACGUGACUGUCACCGACGGAGUGUGGCGUGCCAAAUGCUACCUUCAUCCAAGUUUAAAUCACUUGGUUCACACCAAUAGCCUUAGAACAGGCUCAGACAUCAUCAUCACGCAGUGCUCGUUCGUUUAUAACGAGCGGAGACUGGGUCACGGCUACAUUUGCAUCGAAAAAUUAAGGUGCAGCUCGGGUGAAUCCUCGCUGCUGUCUCACAUUCGGGAUGUGAGGACACUGCCCGUUCUGGUCAAAAGCGGCAUGGAGAGUAGCACCUUGCUUCAAAGCGACGUACCCCUCCAGCCGAACCGCAAACACUACUUGUCUCUGUGGAACAAUGAGUAUCCUGAGGGGGACGUGUGGACCUCGGCGCCUCCCUCGCCGCGUGACUCAGUGCUGGACGUGAACAGGAUCUCUCUUAUAAAUAACCUGGAGUCAGCAUUUAGGAACACAUGCAAACCCCUCCCUCUUCUGGUGAAGAUAUUACAGAAAUCCAGAUUGAGAUAUUAUGGCAGGAUCGGAUCCAAUAUCGAUUUCCCCUACCAGGCAUAUUUUGAAGUUGCAGACCAGAGCGGCAUCAUGUCUCUUGUGCUUUGGAAUGAGCUCUGUCCACAGUUCUACAACUCGCUCAAAGUUGGAACGGUGUUGUACAUCCAGAAUUAUGCUCUUAAGCAGAGUUAUUCAAGUCGUUCGCGCCCAAAAAUGGAUCAUUAUGGAAUCAAGAUGUUCACCUCAAUUGAAAUCUGCCUGAACGCUCGCAACCCAACUUCAAUUAUCACAGUGGUACCACCGAAGAAUGUUCAGCCUCAGUGGUCAUUGCCUGAUGUGUCCUACCGCUUUGCCACAAGAUCAGAUGUCGAAACGUUUCCCAACAACUCUGUUUGUGACAUCAUCGGUUUGGUGACAUUUGUUGGUCGUGUUGAAAGAGUAAAGCGUAAAGGCAACACGGGCCCCGAGAAGUACUGGUCUUUCCGCUGGGUCCACGCAGUGGAUGGCACAUCAGAGCAUCCUUUUGUCCUAGAAUUGUUUUCCUCCUCCCAGCCAGAAAUCUUUGGCAAUAUAUGGCCAAUGACUUACUUAGUCUGCACUCAGAUGCGAGUGUGCCAAGUGGAAGGAUCCUUGCCUUACCUCACCAGUAGCUGCGAGACAGAGAUGUUCAUUACAGGUUACCACAAGGGUCAACCAUACAAGAAUGACCCCACAGUGCAGAACCUCAUCCAGCGGAACAAGACUCUGAAAGACAAUGUGGUUCUUCAGAAGGCAUAUAUUGGAGGCCAUUAUUGCUACCCUCACGCCCCGUGCACAUUCACCCAGCCAGUGGGAGAGACCUCAGAUCAAGUUCCGCUUGUUGCUGCUUCUGACUUGAAAAAGGAGUUGGAGACCGUGCAAUAUAGAGAACAUAAAAAGCUUGCCAUUCAAGGUCAGAUCACGGCGGUCAGAUAUGUGGAAAAGUCCAGCGUGUCUGAGCCACAAGGCCUUGGGGCAAAGGAGGUGCCAGGUGUGUCUACAGGCGACCAGGAUGUGUGCAAUGCAUCUUUGUCAGUCAACUCUGCGUCUGCCUCAUCUGAACAAACAUCUGUGAAAAGAAAAAGGACGAUAAAGACAAGAAAUACAGAGCAGAGUUCAGUGAGCAGCGUGCCGGCAAAACGAGGAGCCAGAAAUAUAGAAGUUGAAAGAGAGCCGCAGGUGAAUGAGGGAGAUCCGGGAACGCUUGAACAGAGUCCGCAACCCCAAAAUGAAGGCCUCAAUCUGCUCUCCUGGGAGAGCUGCGGGUGGUCACGCCAACGUCAAGAACUGUCUGUGCAUUUGCAUCACGGGACUCUUCAUCAGGACAGCAUUUCUCGAAGGUUCACCUUAGAGGAGAAGAAUGCCCUCCUUCGGUGGAGCAACCUUCAUCCCAUGCGCUGGACACCAGAGCAGUCAGCGGACACACUCCCAACCACUGUUUGCGCGGGAUACUAUCAGGUUACCAUACUUGGCAUAAACAAGCAAAUAGCUGUUGACGCAGUAUUUUUACCCAUUGAGCGCUCCGGUGAGCACAGAGCCGUCGGGCUUCCUCCGGGUCGUCAUGAUGACACCAUGCUGUCUUGUCUCUCUUCUGGUUUCGUCUGCCCUCUGAGCGGUGUCCCCUCGAGCCACAGUGAAGUGGCACACUACAGACCAGAGGACAUCAUGGCCACUGCCAGCGAGCUGGAGGACACGCAUUUGGUGUGUGUCUUGGACAUUUGUCACCUUGGUGGAGAGGAGGUGGAGGUACUGAUUAGCAAAGUGUACAAAGUGACUGAAGUUUCUGUUAAGUAGCAAUUUAAAAAGAAAGACUAUUCUAAAGAUACCUACCAUUAUUUUCCUUACACAUUAAUGAUGUCUCACGUGCACACACACAAACACACAAAAUGAUGCAAAUCCUCAAAGUGAUCUUAACUGAAUCAUAAGAUAAUGAAAUAAAUUAAACAUGUCCAAUUUGUUUUUGUUCACAAUCACAAUGCAUACUGUAUGAUUGAAAAUAUUUAUUUCCAAAUAUUUCACAAACCAGAUUGAUUUAUAAAUAAUUCAAUAUAACAUAAUUAAUACCAAGAUAUUUUAGUUUGUAAACUCAAUUUGUUAUUAUAUUUUCAACAAUAUUUUUAAAGCUUAUUUCAAUGGUAAAUACAUGGGCAGAAAAAGUACAUAAAAGUGACUGAGCAACAUCAACACAACAAAGCCUCAUCUCCACUAAUAAGACACUUCAUUAUCUGUUACAAAAUUACUUUAAUUUUAAAAUCAUGUAACAUACAUAUGCAUUCUAUUAGACAUAGAAAAUAAACUAUAUCAUCUAGUGUUUUUUUGUACAUUCUAAUAUACAAUAUAUUCACUGUCUUUUCUGCACGGAAGUGGCAGCAAUGGCUGUGUAGCAGGUUUGUGUUCCUUAGCCGCUGGCCUUCAUUUUCUCACAUACAAAUGGAAAGUGUCACUUGAAAAAUCAAAACCUUCAAAAACCAUUGACACUGAAUGGAAAAAGCCCAUGAAGCUGAAAGUGAGGGGAUGGUUUUUGAAACCGCACUCAUUUAGAGCCAAAUAUUCUCGUAAACUGCACCGAUUGGGGGCGUAAACGUUUGCAUCUAGAUUUCAGGGGGAAAAGGGACGCCAUUUCAUUUGAUAAAGCAAAUUCUUAUGGAGGUUUAACUUCACUGCGUCGACUCUUUUAUGAGUCAGUCACAAGUGAGAUGUUUUAUUUAAUAUCGAUGCAAGACAAAUAUGUGGACUCAAAGGUCCACACGUGAAAACCUCAACUCCCCAUCUUCAUGAUAGAUGAGCAACAGCUUUAGGGUAAAUGUCAUUAUGCCUAAGGACAUGUAUAUCGUAACAAAUGUAUCACGUGAUGGCAUGGCACUGCUUAACUUUAAAAAACAGAAUGUCACGGGUCAAGCACAAGAUGUUGUAACCUGCCCGGCCAUCAAAAUCAAAAGCUGUACCACAUUCCCAAGUCUCAAAGCUGUAAUCAUUGUGAAAGGAAUAAUUGUGUUCUCUGCCUGGAGGAAUGUCAGGGUAAGUUAGAAAAAUAUAAUUUACACAGUACCAUUAGUGGCGUAAUGUACACAUCUUUACACACAUGUAGUGAAACAUUGUAAAUAUACAGCAUAAAUUAACAUUCUCAAAGGGACAUUGCACAUAAGUCAAAAAGUAGCUACUGGGCUUGUUUUCUUCCUCCGUGGUUCUCAACCGCUGCAGAAAAAACAUGUACUCAAAUGGAAACAAUGAGAACUCUGGGGAAAAAGCUGACAGGCAAGUGAGCGUGCUGCAAAGAGGCUUCCGUCAUAAAUAAUAAUGACAGAAAUACUCAUGAGGAAUAAAAUAAACUGUUUGAUUUUGGGGUAGUGAGCAGCAGUUCAAAUGUCCAGCUUAGCUGUGAUAUGCUAACAUUAUGCAUAUACACUCACUAGCCUGUCGUAUACUUUUGUAAACAGUUUUUCACUCGUGACUCACAAGUUACACUUGCACAAUCCAAUAAGUGAAGCUGUAGCAAGCGGGGAGCCUUUACAAAGAUAGUAACUCGUAAAGCACAAUAUCAACAUACCACUAGGCUAAAUGAGUACACUACAUUUGAUGUCCAUCCGUCCGCUUUCUUUAGCACUUGUCCUCAUUAGAGUCGGGGGUGAGAUGGAACCUCAAACAGAACUGGUGAUAACUUGGUCUUCAAUUAACUAUUCAUAAGUAGAAUAGAGCAUGAUUAUCUUUGUAAAGGCACACCUAUUUGUAUCAUUUGUUAUCCUAAUUGAUUGGAGUGAAAAAUGCAUUUUACACACAUACACUUGUAUAUUUCCGAUAAUUAUUGAAUUUCAGCAUUUGGCUUCAGAGUCAACUCUGUGUAUUGCAGCGUAUAGUUCAUAACGAAUUGACUGUUUUUAGACGGCACACCAGUCUGUUCUCGUCUUUCUUUGUGAGUGGAUUUUCUCAAUGAAAUGCAAUGAGGUGGGUGUAAGACUUUAAAACAAGUGGUGACCCAUCAAUUCCUGCAUGAACAUCAACAUGAAUCAUAAUCUCAACAUACAAAACUGCUUUCUUAAUCCCAUGUCUGUUUUACAACAAAUGUAUUCUGCAAAUAAAUUAUUUAAUAAAAUAAUGAGAAUAUCA